AUGAAUAACACACAAUUUCGUCGUUGUUUUAAUCCGUUUAAACUGGAAAAACACAGAAAGAUAAAUGAUUUACGUCAAGUGCCAGAGUCUGUAAGAAUAAAGUACAACAUUGAUGAACGCUUUCGUGUUUGUACACAAUGUAGAAAAGAAUUAAAUGAUCAUAUCGUUCAAACAUUUAUUCCACGAUUAUAUGUUGAUCAAAUUGAUGAAAAUAUUACGAGUUUAAAGAUAUCAGUAGACAGUCAAAUGGCAUUAAAUGACAGUGAUUCGAGUUCUGAAACAGUUUAUAAUGUUCCAAUGGAUUUAGAUAAAGGUGAAAACAUUGAACCCAAUGCCAAUGAUAGCCAGCAACCACAAACAUCGAGACAAGAAUUUGUGUUAUCCGGUACUAGUAGUACAUCGGAGAGUAUAUCGAAACAGUCAAGUAGUCAGUUUUGCGUAAGCUUGGGCACAAAAUUGCCCGUAAUAAAUCAAGCCUUAGAAAUGUUGGACUGUUCUCCUAUUGCCAAGAAACGAGUUGAAUACGAUUCGUAUGUUCAGGAGAAAGUCCAUCAAGUAUAUUCAAAUAUAAUUCAGUCAGUUGGAGCUGGUCAUCUUCAGACUUCCUUUGACCCUGAUGAGAAGGAAAAUGCUCGGUAUUUCCGAGAAUUAAUUGACAAAUUGAAGCUUAAAUUCCAUUCAGCUGACACUGACAGGAAACAGAAAUUUCAGAUAUUAUCACUUCUCCCUCAAGACUAG